AAACGCCUUUCUCUCUCUCACUAUUCCAAUCCAAUUCGGAAAACCCAAAUCCCUAAUUUCCUCUUUUUUCUUCUCUUCUCUUCUCUUUAAUGGCGCCUCAGAAACUCACUGAGUACGAACGCAAACGACUCGAAAACAUUCGCCGCAACAAUGAAAUGAUGGCCGCUCUUAAAGUUCACACUAAAGCCACCGAACUCUCCAUUCUUCCCAAGGCCGUUACCAAAUCGUAUAGCGUGAAAUCUGAGAAAAAACCCAAAACCGAAACCCCAAUUGUUAUCAGACGCUCACUUCGAACCAGAGGUAUUCCACCAGAUUCCAAAGGCUCUGAUUCUAGCACUCUCACUCGCAAUUCCCCUCAAAAAAUUAACGAUUUUGUUCAAAAUUUGGGUCCUAUUCCCAUGAAAGAUGCUUAUAAAGGCGAUGAUGAUUCGGACCGUUCUUUCAUUGAAUCACUCGUUGGUAUGUCCAACAAGGAAUUUUCAGAAGAAGAACUUAAUGGGUCUGCAAAAAAGAAGAAGAAAAUUGAGUGUUCACUUGAGUUGGAAUCUUUGAAUUUGGAUCCAGAAAAUAUUGCACGUGUUGUUCCCGGAAGGAUAACCCAAAUGCGGUUUUGCCCUUCCAAUGAUGUUAAGAUGGUGGCAGCGGGUAACAAAUUCGGUGAUAUUGGGUUCUGGAAUGUUGGAGAAAGUGAGAUUUUUUUGUAUCAUCCACAUCAGGCUCCUAUUUCUGGGAUCUUGUUUCAACCGCAUUGCUUAUCAAAGAUAUACACAAGUUGUUACGAUGGACUUAUUCGAUUGAUGGAUGCUGAGAAGGAAAUAUUUGAUAUGGUAUACAACGGUGAAAACAGUAUAUAUGCCCUCUCACAGCCAAAGAAUGAGGUGAACUGUUUAUAUUUUGCCGAGGGUUCUGGGGGUCUGUCUGUUUGGGAUAACAGGAUAGGAAAAUGUUCGUCCCAAUGGGAUUUGCAUGAAAGUAGGAUUAAUACAAUAGAUUUCAGCCCGCAAACCACUCAUAUUGUAGCUACCAGUUCCUCUGAUGGAACUGCAUGUACCUGGGAUUUGAGAUCUAUUGGGGGUCCUAAGCACACAUCCUUGAGGACAUUUACUCACAAAAGGUCUGUGCAAUCGGCCUAUUUUUCGCCUUCUGGAUGCAGCCUUGCCACUACAAGCCUGGACAAUACUAUUGGUAUAUACGGUGGUGUUAACUUAGAGGAUAAAAUUUCCGUUUAUCAUGACAAUCAGACCGGAAGAUGGAUUUCAACUUUCAGAGCAAUAUGGGGUUGGGACAAUUCAUACAUCUUCAUCGGGAAUAUGAAAAGAGGAGUUGACGUUGUCUCCACAGUUCAAAGGGCAACAAUAAAGACACUACAGAGCCCACACAUAUCUGCAAUUCCAUGCAGAUUUGAUGCAAACUCUUGUGAGGUUGGGAUGCUAGCAGGAGCUACAAGUGGAGGCCAGGUCUAUAUCUGGACAUCAAGCUAAGAAUUUUAUUCUAUAUGCACUUCUGUUGGAUGCAAAAAUGUGUACCAUUUUAGUUGCUUAUUUUCAGUCCAUCUUGUGUAAAGUAUCAUCUUUGUGCCAGCUAUGAUUCUGUAUCUGGAAUUGCAUAAUGAACUUAUAGUCAAAAGCAUCAAUGACUGAUCAGACCUGCCUGUCAUAAUGCAUUUCCCAUCAGUUUUGUUGGUAACCUCGUCACAUUGCCUAUUUCUGCAUUUCACAUCCUCAUAGGAUAA